CACAGAGGCACCAGGGAAAGUGGCAGAGGAUGCCCAGGUCUUUCCUGGUGAAGAAGCCCUGCAGCCACAGGAUCCCUAACUAUGGACAGCUGCUGGAGGCGCAGGCAGGACUGGUGCCGUCUCUACAUCAGAACAAGGACACCUCAAUUCCCAGACAAGACAUCACAGACCAGUGGCAGACGCGGGCAGCCGAAAUGGGACAUGCGGAUCACUUUAAUAAACCGCUGCUUAACCCACUAGAAAUAAGAAUGAGUGACGCUCUGCUCAUUUGGCCAAAUGGCUUCCCUCUCAAAGACAAUAUCAACAACCUGAAUGUGCCGCUCCGGAACAGGACAUCGGAUGGAGGAUGCCCCGCGCCUGGGAAUAAGAGAGUGUGCAUCCCCGGCUCUCAGGGAGAAUCCCUGUACGCUCCAGAUUCAGUGGGACGCUUCGAUUUUCCAAAGCCAGAUAGACUAUUCCCUGGUAACAAAGUCCGGAACUGUCUGUGUUUUACUUGCCCCCAUUGUUCUAAAUCCUACAGCAGCUUGGGCGCCCUAAAGAUGCACAUCCGUACUCAUACGUUGCCCUGUGCAUGCCGGAUAUGCGGCAAAGCCUUCUCCAGACCUUGGCUUCUACAAGGACAUAUUCGAACACAUACAGGUGAAAAGCCAUUUUCUUGCUAUCACUGUGGCCGUGGUUUUGCAGACCGUUCUAACCUGCGGGCUCACCUGCAGACACAUUCAGAAGUAAAGCGAUACAGGUGUCCGGGCUGUGGUAAAACCUUCUCCCGCAUCUCCCUCCUCACCAAGCACCGAGAUGGCUGCUGCUGCCCGGUGUCCUGACUCUCAUCCUCCUGCUGCCCGGUGUCC